AUGAGAAAUUUGGUCAAAACGCUUGUAGGUAUGAAUCAGACAUUGCCAAUUAUCCGAAGGAUUUCAAACUCAUUUAAAGGUAGAAUUCCCGUGAAAGACUUGGUGGUACACACAGAGAGCGAUGAACAUUUUUUAUAUUCAUUUUUAACCGUCACUUUAUUAUUCUUUAGAUCGGGAGAAUUAGUUAUUGAAUCACAACGAACCAGAUCAUUGGCAUUAAAUAUGGCCGACUGCAUCGAUAAACUACGAAGUGCUAUAUUUAGGUGCGAAUCUGAUAUAAAUGAAGGAAAAUAUAAGAAAGAUCUUGAAUUACCAAAUAUUCGAUUGGAUGCUGCUCGAAAAGCACGGCAAAAACUGUAUGAAUUUGAUAAUUCCCAAUCCUACUAG